CUGCGCCUUCCCCUGCGGGCAAGUUCCCGUCGGGAAGCUCCAGAUUGCUAAGAGCGAUUCACCGGCAAGUCGCGGCUCGGGUUUUGCCCAUGCAAUGGGGUGAACGGCCCGGCGCUCAGGCAGAUGUUCCUCGCACGGCUGGAGGGAUAGAUGAUAGAUGAGAUCCAAAUCUACGCGCGACGAAAGGCCUGAGAGGAUUGAAAAAAAAUUCAAAGUCCGACCCACUUACGUCGUCUUCGAUUUCCCAAACCUGAAAGGACAUGGGAAUCUUAUUUCCACCGAAUUCCCGGGCCUCAUGCUUGUUGAACCCCAACACAUAAUUGCGGCGAAUCGAGAGAGGAAGGAGAAGAGACUUGUUGUGCCCUGAGAAUACUUUCGGCAGGCGCCACAGCAACAGCUGUUGCAGCGGACAUGAAAACGGACCCUUUGGCAUCUGAUGAAC